AUGGCUCCUAAAAAUUACCAUAUUAAUUUUGGCAUGGGGCAAACAUUAUAUGUUGGAGCUAUUAAAAAACCAUUAUCGGGUGGUUCAAUACCACCAGGUGUUUCCUCACUUUUUUUAUUGGAUGGAUUCGAUCAAAAAAUAUAUGAAAUACCACCAAGUGUUAGUGUUAUAUAUGUUGACGAUAUACAAACCGAAGGAAUUCCAAUAACAAGUAAUAUCCAAAUUUAUAAAUCACCUUCUUGUAAACAACAAUUCAACAAUAGCCCAUGUGUAUAUCCUUGGAAUUGUUUUAAGAUUAUCGAGGAAAAAUAG